AUGUCGACCGAUGAAGAGAAAUCACGAUUAGUGAAACUAUUACAAGACCUAGAGGUUCCUGAGCACAGAGUGCCGGAGCGAUGUCAGGGACUCCUCAGAGAUUUGAUGCAAAACGUUGAGCCGACACAAGACGUGGCAAAUGAGGUUGAAACGGACAUUGCGCGUGAAAAUCCCUAUGUUCCCGACAAAGAGUUGCUGGAGGAGAACGAAAGGAAAUUACGAGAACUUCUGUUAGAAGAAAAACGGACUAAAAGGGAACCCAUCGAGGAGGCAACGAAUAUUGCCGAUCCAAAGAGACCAUGGCGCACCAAUUCCUGUAGAGAGAAACUACUGCGAGUAGACUGCGAUUUGAAGAGGCAUCUCGGUCGGGCCGCGGAUAUGAUUGAGCCGUUAAAUGAAGGAGACAUGCAGCAGUUGGUGAAGAGCUGUCGAGAGGACGUGCAGAAGACGCCGCCCGUUGGUGCCGACCGUCUCCGUGAAACAGUAGACGAGGCACGUCGGAGCCUCCCCAAUUUCCAGUACCGACGAGUCGAUAAUACUACUGCCACUUCCAUUUUACCCGAAGCCCAUGAAGCCGACGGCAAUAAGGAGAGUUGUGGAAGCGGUGAAUACAUUCCACGCCCGGAUACCACUCGCUGUUUCUUGAGGAGUUUGGGAGAGCUGAGGAAUCUGCGGCUUCUCGCGCUGGAGUACGGGCACGUGGCAGACGGCACUGGAAGCGCCCUCAUGUUCCUGCUUCCGGUCCUUAAGCGACCGAACUUCCGGUUGCAGCUGCUCUGCGGUGAAGCUCACAUUCCUGGACGCGCAGACCCUUCCCUAGGGUGUGGUGGUCAGGGCGUCCCGGACUACGCGUGGCGUCGCGUGGCCAUCGCCUGCCCCGACCUCUUCCUAGCAAUGGUCUUUUAUCGCUUGCGUGACUACGAUCACGUUCGACGUUUCCUGACUGCCAGUAUCCCGCUACGAGAAGCGCAUUUGCACCAGGGGAUCCAGCUGGACUGCGAGAGCUUUGACAUCGGCAGCUUCGUGCGCCAUAUCGAAGGACACUACGCCAGCACGUUGGUGUCACUGAGCAUCCACCAGCGGAGAGGCACGACGUUCCCUCUUCGACGCACAUUAGAACGGUUGCCAUCGCUGGUGCGCUUUCACUACGUAGGAGUCGUAGAAGAGCGGGAUCUACGAGAAGUGCUCAUUUUAAUCGCAUGUGGAGUGUGCUACAGUAAGUCGAUUCAUCUCUUUGCUAUCCUG